AGUCAAUCAGUCAGUUAAUCACUUAGUCUGUCGUUGAGAUAUUAACUCAGUCAGUUAGUUGGUUAGAUGGUCAGAUAGGGAGUUGGGCAGUUUAUCUGUUAUAUUUAGUCAGUUAUUCAGUUAAUUUGCCUAGUCAGUUGGUCAGUUUCUUGGUCAGACUUCCAUUCAGUUAUUCAGGCCGGAUUUCAGUCGGUUAACCACCAAGACAGUCGGCAAGGCGGAGCCAUUAAACUAAUCAUGCAUCUAUCCCUCCAGCCUGGCAGCGAGUCAGCUGGUCGCUGAGGGGAGUGGCUCUGUGCUCUGCUGCUUCCAGCUGAAUAGUAGUCAGUCAUCCAGCCUCACACUCAGUCACUCACUCACUCACUCACUCACUCACUCAGUCAGUCAGUCAGUCAGUCAGUCAGUCGGUGGAUGUACAGUAGAUGCAGGGCUGCUGGUCAGCUGCUCUGGACGGCUCGUAUCUCCCUCAGGAUCUCACACUGUUGAAUCAGCUGAGAAGCCACUGUGAGUUUUUUUGCGGGCAUCACUAUGACUGAUGGGGAUUAUGACUACCUUAUAAAGCUCCUUGCCCUGGGGGACUCUGGCGUGGGGAAGACCACCUUCUUGUACCGAUACACAGACAACAAGUUCAACCCCAAGUUCAUCACCACAGUCGGCAUCGACUUCAGGGAAAAGAGAGUGGUGUACACAGCGUCCAACCCCAAUGGGGCAACCACGGGGAAAACCUUCAAGGUUCACCUUCAGCUCUGGGACACAGCUGGACAGGAGAGGUUCCGCAGCCUGACAACGGCGUUCUUCAGGGAUGCCAUGGGGUUCCUGCUGAUGUUUGAUCUCACCAGCCAGCAGAGCUUCCUCAAUGUCAGAAACUGGAUGAGCCAGCUACAAGCCAAUGCCUACUGUGAGAAUCCAGAUAUUGUGUUGAUAGGAAACAAGGCGGAUCUGGCCGACCAGCGGGAGGUUCAGGAGAAACAGGCCAAGGAGCUGGCUGAUAAAUAUGGGAUUCCGUACUUUGAAACGAGUGCAGCGACAGGAGCGGAGGUUGACAAGGCGGUCAUAACGCUGUUGGACCUGGUCAUGAAGAGGAUGGAGCAGUGCGUCGACAAACCGCCCGCUGAGCCAGCCAAUGGGAACGGGGCAACAAAGCUCGCUGAAGCGCAGCCCAAUGAGAAGAAAUGUGCAUGCUAGAUGAAGAAGGAAACGACCAGUCAGCGCUCCUCUGUCCCACUGUCCUUUCUACUCGCAACAUUCCCUCCUUCUUUUACCUUCUCUGUCAUCUUUGAUUGCAUGUGUCUUCAUCUUCUCCUGUUCACUUUCUUCUCUUUAAAACUAACCUUUGACCAUCUUCUGCUGCUCUUUUCUUUCUCUUCCCCCCUUUUUUUCUUCUUUCUCCUCCCAAAGUGUCUGCCAGAGGGCAAUGAAACAACCCUGUCCCCCUCUAGUGGAUAUUCGAGGUAAUACAGUCUCAGCCUGUCUGCCUUUGAGCUCUGUUUAGGAGGAAAUGAAAACAGGAGGGGACAGUUCCAUCACUGUCAGACACAUAAUGUGCCUCGUUUAAAACAUGCAGCCUGGGAAUUAAGCCCUGCACACUUCCAAUUUGUCUGCUCGCAAGUGGUUUGAAUGAUUUAAAUGGAUCUACACAGGAAAGAGGAGAUGUUUAAAACUUUUAAUUUGAACUCCUUAACUGUGUUAAGUUCAACACUUCUAACAGGGGAAAGAUGUUGCCUCCUGUUUAGGCUGUCACUUGAUGAUGACAGCCUGAUCUGGACCGUAAAGAGUUUAACAGCUGUGUGCCUGUGUACAUGAUUUCAUGGUCCUCUCCUUACACUUUUCCUCCUGGACCAGGGUGAGCAACUGUGACCAUUUUCUUUUUUGGUUGCACCCUAGUUUCACACUGUUUUCAAUGCUGUACCUGUAUUAGCCAUGUAUCGCAAUUUUUCAGUGUUUCAAGCCGUUUUGUCUCAUUCACAGAUGCAAGACGUUUGCUAAUAAUGCACCGAAUUGUAUUUAAUAUACAGUAGUUGGCUACGGUGGAGGUCUUAGACACCUGAGUGAAAAUGGCUGUUUGUUAAGCUAAUGUCCGCUUGUUAGCUUAUAUGGCUAACUUUAGGAUAUGUAAUGACAGCUCAAUCCACAAUGAGCUGUGCAGAUAAUUAUUGGGCCUAUAUCAAACUUUAUAUUAGUAACAGUAAAUACCCAACAUAGAGAUACCCACGACACAAAGCGGAGGAGGGUAAAUAGCCUCUGCAGAUCCUACGUUAUUUUUCAUAACUGAACUGGUCAGAGUAGAGUGUUCUGUUUAUUUCCAGUUUCUAGUGAUUAUUGUGUAAAGCAGUAUUAUAUAUUCAUAUUUUGGAUCAACACCCUUGAUGAAUUGAAUAUUUCUGUUGGCACUAAUUCAAAAAACAACCUUGGAAGAAAUGUUGAUAUGACAGGCUCAGCUAACCGUCACAGACUUCCUGUUUGCACAUCUGAUUAGCAGCUUAUGUAGCUAGCUAGCCACAAACUAUGGCUAACAUAGGUUUAUCAGUGUUAGCAGUGGCUACAAGUAUCAUGCUAGUAUUAACAGAUACAUAUUUUAACAAUAACAUAUUUUUGUAUAAUUCUUGCCACACAACCAACAUCUUGUUAUCCAGACUAGCUUACUAACUAGGUUGUUGCAGUUGAGUUGUUGCUUUCUGUGCCAAUAUUUGAAGUGUUCUCGAAUUUCCCCUUUCUAUCUGACUUUUGAUACCAAAACAACAAGUUAAGCUAACGUAACCUACCUUGCAGUGCUUUUCUUUGUCCAUUCUUACAGAACUGACUGCCAUAUGAUUUAUUAGAAAUAGCAUAAUUUGGAUAGUUUUACAUUACAUUAAUAACAUUGGAUAUUUUGCUUAGUAUAUAGGCUACAUCUUUUCUGUUUCCUAGCCCCACUACCAACUGUUCAUUUUAAAAACUUAGAGACACACAACUGCUUGAGCUAUCUCUCUGUUAGCAGUUUGGUUAUACUUUUCUGUUGCACAGCUAACUCUCCAUUAGAUCUCCAUGAUGGUGCCAGACAGAUUUGCAGAUAGUAUACCAUUGAUAUUGUAGGAUGAUUUAUGGGUACAGCAUGGCACAUGAAGUAGAGAAAAAAAGUCUCCAUAUCUAUCUAUCAUUAAUAGACUGUCCUAGACCAGGAUAGACAGCUUGUUCCAAACUGAUCUACUGCCUUGGCUUUUUCAAGCGUUAUUCCACUGUGACGGAACAUACUUUAAUCUCUGUGGGAGUUUGAGAUAAGUCAGCUAAAAAUAUCAGUUGCUCUGGGGACGCAAAGUCACCGUAAGAAAGAUUGUGGGUAUUUUACAGAUGGAACAAACAUGACGUGUAAGUCAAUAUAGUAUAUGCAGUAAUAAAAAGUUAAAUGACCGUAUGAGUGGAGAGGAUAAUUUAAUCUAAUCAGCAUCAUUAUCAUGAGAAUAGACCUUUCUGAAAAUGGAAAAAACGGCAAAUGUCAGUUGGGUGAGUCAGCUUUUCAGGGGAGCUGAUUUUUCAUGUUGACCUCUCAUCUCUUUAUAACAGAAAAUCAGACAAAGUGAAAUAUCGCUUUAAAGCCCCAUACAUGACUAAUGUUGUUAGAAUUUAAAGUGACCAAUUAUUUAUAUUAAAAUAAAUGGAAAACAUAUUAUUAUUUCUGUUGUCAUAUUUUUGUUCUAUCCUUUACAUCUCACACUUCUUUCUUUUUUAUUUUCAUGUCCGUCAAGAGAAUAUAAUCUCAACUGCAUUUAUAUUAGUUUUUUCAUUGCUAUAGUGCUCUUUAGCUUGGUUGUCAAAUGAACCUACAAAUUCAUCAUCAACAUGUGUGUCUAACAUGGAGAAAAUACACUAUUAUAAACUAUAAGAGGUACAGUGGAAGUGAUUUCAGACCAUUUGUCUUUGCUCUGAACUGACUUUUUUGGUUCAACCCUUGAAGUUACUGUGGACCAAAUUUUUGUUGUUUUGUUGUUUAACACUAUAUUGUUUUCGUCAUUACAUACCAGACCAUAUAGCAGUUGCUGUGCAGAGAACCUUAUGAAAUCACGGCAUAUUUAAACUAAAUUCCACUGAGUUUAGUUUAAAAGUCUGCAUUUGUACCAUGACUCAAUGCUUGACCAAAGCAAAAGAUCAUCCGUCUUUAGAAGCCAUUAAAAUGUAAAAUUA